AUCGAACGCUCGUCCUUACAGCCUCGAUCCGCCCAGGCGUCACCUUCUGCCCAGCAUGAUUAUCCCCAAGGCCGACCGGCGCACCAUCUACGAGAACCUCUUCAAGGAGGGCGUUCUCGUCGCGAAGAAGGACUUCAACGCGCCCAAGCACCAGGAGCUUGACGUCAAGAACCUCUUCGUCAUCAAGGCGUGCCAGUCGCUCACCUCGCGUGGCUACCUCACGACCCACUUCUCGUGGCAGUACUACUACUACACCCUCACCCCCGAGGGCAUCGACUACCUCCGCGAGUACCUCCACCUGCCCGCCGAGAUCGUCCCGGCCACGCACAAGAAGCAGGUCCGCGCCGCUCGCCCGGGUCAGGGCCCGCAGCGCCCCGAGGGUGGUGCCUACCGCGCCCCCCGCGAGGGUGGUGCCGACGGCUACCGCCGCCGCGAGCAGGGUGGCAAGGAGGAGGGUGCCGGCGACUUCCGCCCCCGGUUCGCCGGUGUCGGCCGUGGCGGUCCCCGCACCGAGGCGUAAAGCUUCGUUCCCAGUUCCUGGUCAGCCCCGUCAGUUGGUCGAGGGUCAGCUUGAAACGAGGAUCGAGCUUGCGGUUCCACUCGGUGCCUGGUCGUUCUCGACGAGCAGCGAGAGACUUGUGACCUCGAGCGCGUCUC